GAAGGAGAGGGUAUCCAGUGGAUCACGAACGAACCGACGACGGCUCUUUCCUCCUACCUUCUUCCCCCUGUUGCAAGCUUCCUCUGUUCUUCUCCUCCAUUGUGUAAUUCCUCUGUAAUCACUACUCUAUAUUGCUACUCGUGAGAGAGAUCGAUCUAUACAAGCUAGCUACCAUCACCUCUCUUACAUCUGGUAUCAGAGACCAGCCACCACUCCUUCCCUAUGCGUUUCGCCAAGCUCGUCGGCAUCGGGCAGCCAUGGAUCCAUGGAUGCAGGCGUAUCUCGAGCGGAUCGACACCAUGCUCGAUGCCUACACAGACGCCACCAGGUCCCUCACCGAGAAAGUGGACGCUCUGGUCGUCGUCUGGCGGCCAGACCUGGAGAAGAGGUCCUCCCACACCGCCGUCGUCCACGGUCCACAGGCGCCGACCUCGGCGCUCGAGACCACUACUGAGGCGUCUGAACCCGUCCCUAACAUCUACUACUCCACCACCAAGGCCCAGGAGAUCCCCACGGUCGCCCAUGAUGCAACUCCGAUAUGCAUUCCGAUGGUGCCUGUCACCUGUUCGACGGAUUGCCCGACCCAGAUCGACGCCAUCGACAGCGCCGACGAAGUCCAUGACGCCGCCAGCGUCGCAACAGAGGUUCGCAACACUACAACCGCACUCGGCCCCGAGCUCGCGGUCGACCUCUGCAACACCAUGGCGACCACCAAGGUAGCCACCUGUGGUCACUAUGGCAAGUUCGACGGCCUCAACAUCCCCGUGAAGGCCAGCAUCAGCCCGCCGCCCCACGUCCAGGAUGCAUUCCCAAAUUCCACAAUCAGCAAUUGUCGUGCCGAUGUUGCCGGGACGGACGAGUACGCACUCGUGGAGGCCACUCCAGACGUCGCCAUUGAGCUUGCCAUCCUCCCAGGCGUCUCCUCCUUCAUGAACAAACUAUUCUGGAAGCAUGACAUGGACGUCUCGCCGCCCACAAGGCACAAAGGGCUGCCAAUACGGCCGACACCAUGGCCGUCAUUUUUGGUGCAUCAUAGUGCAAAGGGGAACGAGAUUCGACCCACUCCGUGGCUAUCGUUUUCUUGCUCUCAUGAAGAUUGGAUCUUUCAGUACUACAGAGGAACAAUGCAAGCACAAAACAUUCGAGCAAGAAUAUCUGAAAGUGCGUCAUCUACCGUCCUUGGUUCAAAAGGUCUAGACAAAAGGCUCCAACAUCAUGCCAUACUACUAAAGCUUGCUCCUGAUCCAUGAGUGUUUUACUAAGAUCGUUGUCGAUCCUGCAAAAGUAUUUAUGCUUAAAUUUGGCAUAAAUGUGUUCCUUGCAUUACCUCUGAUCCAUCUGACGCCAGCUGCAAUAGAGCAGUGCUAUCCAGACGACAUUAUUUGGACGAUUUGCAGCCGACGAUUGAAUCCAGCCGUGCAAUCUUGUUCACGGCAGAGCAACGGCCGGUGGAUUCUUUAAUCGUGCACAGAUCGUCCAAAAGUUUAUCGUGUGUGAAGCAGUUUCGGCUGCAAUAUUUGGACCAAAGUACCCCUUGCUAAAAACAGUAGUAUGCAGAUCGUGCUCUACUUGAAGACAAAACGAUGAUUAAUAUAUAUAAAUGAUGCUAUGGAUACAUGAUACAAUUAGAUUAUCUAUAACGAAUAAACCAGCACCAUCCUUACCAACUUCAUGCUUUACUCUCAGCAUGGUAACUACAACGAUGGUACACGCCUCAACACUUAUCGGCCAAGUGGUUUGAUUAUUGUCACUAACUAAUUUCUGAACUUAUCUGUAUACUAACUGUUUGAAGUAAGCACUAAAAAGUACAUGCUGCUCAUGUUCAGGGAGAUGACGUACUUUAGAGAACCCAUACAUAACAGACAAAGUUUCAAAACGUACAAGAAGUCCAAACAUCAUGGAUAAAAUUAGAAUCCAAGAUUCUUGUCUCGUGCACACAUU